AUGGAUGGCUAUAACAACAAAUGGUCUGGCUAUGGCUUCGCCACCAACGACGAAACCGACUACCUUCAACAGCUCCAACAACACGCUAGGCAACAACCUCAAGUGUUUCAGUACUCGCAGUCCUACCAACAGCAGCAAUACUACCCACCACAAUCACAGCCUGCCGCCUAUCCACAGAUCGAAGUAGUAGUCCCUUCCAGACCGCCCCAAAUGCAGUACCAGCCGUCAAACUCUCAACCCUCAUACUACCACAAUCAACAGUAUGCGCCUCAGCCCGUCCAAUACCACCAGAUGUAUCAGCAGCCACCUCAGUUCGAUGGUACUAUGAACGGCUACCCUGCGCUCGCGGUCCAACCUCCGCAAAGGCCUUUACACAACGGUGUACCGAAACAAGAGAGUCCAACCAUGGCACCAGCUCCUGUUCCGCCACCUGCAACGUCAACACCCCCGCCUCAACACGAUUAUGCACGGAUCUUGCUAGUUCUCGCCGAUGAAUAUAUCCAGGCUGCGAACCGGGCUGGGGAAGACUCAGAGGAGCAUUUUCGGCUCGUCUCUUUCGCUCUGGGAUGCAUGGAGUCGGCGCUGAAUAACUUCCAGUUGUCUCCUCUGCGCGAAGCCCAAGUUUCGCUCACCUAUGCUCAAAUCUUGUACGAGGAAACCGAGAACUACGACGAAGCCGAGAAAGUUCUGACAAAAGCCGUCGAGCUGUGCGAAAGAAACAACUACCUAGACCUCAAGUACUCAUUGAUGCUCCUCUCUGUCCGAGUCCUAUUUCAGACCAAGCCCAAGGCCGCAGUCAAGGCCAUACAAGGCUACCUCGCAGAUAUGGAGGCUUACAAGCAUACUGCAUGGGAAUAUGCCUUUCGCUACGAGCUCGCAAUACUGAACCUCUCGCCAAAUCUACGGGACAUUCAGAGCGCCAUUUUCCAACUUGGACGCCUGGAGAGUCUUGCGGACAAACACCAUGACAAGGCCAUGGUGGCGUUUGCUGCAGCUAUGCUAGGACUCCUGCUUCUUCAGACAUGUCAGGCAGAUGCUAUUUCUGACGCACAGCAAGCCAUUGCACGGCUUAGAUCUAUGCAGUUCGACCCACAGGUAGCGGCCCUUCCACAACUCAGAAUGCUUGCCGAGUACGUCGACUUGUGCUGUAGCAUACGACAGUGCAAUCACCAACAAGGCGAUGAAAAAAGAAAGCGCAUGCAAGACACAUGGGGCCGUAUAGUUAAUGAUGCGGCUUGGCGUGAUGGUGGUAACGUCGUCUACAUCCCCCUGAACGACAACUCACUCCACGAAUACGCUCUUCAGUCCGGUGGAUUGGUAGUGAAGCGAGAUGGCAAAUAUGUGUUACCCUUCUCCUGGUGCAAUCGAGACGAAUUUGAAGCAGUCGCUUUCUUACUUUGCGCCAGUAGCAAAGCGCACAAGAAUAGUUCGGACGGAGGAAAGGCGCAGCAGUUCCUUGACGAGGGACUUGCGCGUAUUAGGGACGCCACCGGUGCUACGGUACUGAAUCGACAGAUGUUGGAAUGCCGGUUCCUCAUUGAUUCCGCAUACCUCCAAUGCUUGAAGAGCCAAUGGACGCACGCCAAAAAGCUUGUUACAGAAGCUGCCAGCACCAUGAAAGGGCACGAAGAUCACUAUCCGAAAAGUAUGAUCUCCGCUCUGCAGUAUCUUAAUGGCACCAUCCAUCAAGGCUUAGGCAAUCUGGAACGUGCUCUUCAGAUAUGGCAAUCGCCUAUAUUUGACCUCAAGAACUUCUUACAGCGUCCGAUACCAAAUCAGCCUCGAAUACUUCGACGGCAUCAAGAUCUGGAUACCGAGGUUCGGCGCAACCUUUGCAUUCUGGCGUGCAUGAACCGAUUAUUCAUCAUUGAUGAUGGUUCCCACCCCAGACAUCGCGAAAAGGCGGAUCUUCUGGUAGUCCUGGAUACAUUCGUCAAAUCCUCGCAAGAUCGCAACAUCUCAGCAGCUCACACGCUUGUGCAUUCGCUUCUCACGAAUAGUGGCAUUUGGGUUUCAAAAGAGGCACUCGUCAAGGCCUUAGGCGUUGCAAAGGAGAUUAUGAAUCAGCAGAUCACAGCUCUGGUCCUAGUAGUAAUGCAACAGGCCUUCUUCCUGGGAGCGACUGAUGCACAUGCGCAGAAGUGUGUCAAUGCUGUUGCGGUGCAGAUGAAAAGCUGGCGGAGUCCGACCUGGAUGCAUGUGACCGAGGGCAUUCAAGCUGAGAGCCUACAAUUCAUGGGACAGUUCGAUGAGUCUGCGCAGAAACUCGAAGCUGCCAGAUGUAGCUGGGAGAAAUUGCCUGAAGGCAUAAGGAAAAGCGUCGACUGGCGUAUGAUGCCCAAGGUGAAGACGGUGGCAAAACAGCAGCACGAUGCCGUCUAA